AUGGAGCUGCUGGAAGAGGAUGAAAGAGACGAGAUUCCCUUCUCGGGCAUUCCUGAUGUGAUCUCCCGAUACUACAUACAGUACUUCUUUAUGAACGUGGAUGGGAUCGAAGGACACGAUAUGUACGUUUAUCAGCACUCGAAUCACAACUGCAUCAUCGGCGCGGCCGAAACGCACCCCAUCGUGCGAGAGGGCAAGACGGUGACCCACAUCAACUUCCAGCCCGGCAAGAUUGAUCACCUCAAGCUGCAGAUCAAGGGCAAGGGCAAGAAGGACGCGUCAGCCGCCAACACCAACGCGUCUGCCAUGGACCUGGAGACUGCUGCCCCUCAGCCUCCCCUCUAG